AUGUCAUUGGCUUUCAAUCAUGUCCGCGGCCUCUCGGGGUUACGCCAUAAUGGCAAGCAUGUUGUAGCAAUUCGUGCUGGCCUGCUGCAAAGUACCCCCGUAGGUCUCCGCCGCCUACUCAGCUCCCGGUCCAACGCCGAAUCUCUGCAGCCAUUGCAGAUCGAUGGUGGAAACGAUGUUCACACUUACACGAGCGGCACGGACCGAGAGAGCUUCGAGCCCGAUUCAUGGAAUCUCAGUGAUCUCCAUGCGUCGACUAUCAGCACUUCACUGUCCCGACAACGCACAGGAAACCCAAGCGGUUCGCACAUUCCAACACCUUCAGAACAUCUUGCGCGGUCACUUCGACAAUCUGGGCACUCACUCGGCUCUCAUCUGAACACGUCAAGAGACCUUGAGACACUUUCUCAUUCGGCUCCGCCCGCGCUACAGACCAUGCUUGGCAAUUACAUCCGUCAGGUCGAUCCGCUACUGCCAUCCGAACGAGAGGGAGAGGGCUCAAUAAAUGAACUCAAUAUGGCACUUAAUGAUGUCUUUGGACAUGACGCCGUGAAAUACUUGGAUUCACGAGGAUACGACAUUGGCGAUGUGGUGGCAUGGGCGUGGAUCAUGAAAAGCAAGGAUGCCGAGCAAGCGAUUUCUCGCUUGUUUAUUUAUUCCACCCAAUGUUCGUUAGGCACAAAUCAUCCUACACCACCGGCACCUCCGUUCAUCAUUCUGUAUUUACUGAAGCAGAAACAUGUGACGGCACGGUCUCUUCGAUUGCUCCUGAUUUAUGCUCUGCACUUGGUCAGUGGCCGGCCCCUUCCAAUGCAGAUAAACAACACGAAGAUCGCAGAGGAUUAUGCGAUAUCAUCAUUGGAGGAGUUUUCCCCUCAGAUAGACCUCUCGACAGGCAUGCUUCUGUUCAUUCGACUCGUCCAUCACUCUCGAAGAGUCUGGCCCCAUGCCAUGCCUACAAUCGCCAGCGCUUUCUCGCGAUUCAUGAUGGCUACGGAUAUCGCGAGACCGGAGGCUCUUGGUCUGGAUAAAUGCAACGCGGACCGUCUGAAGACCAAGAACUUCAAUAUCUUCCUCCACAUUCUGUGCCUACCGGCCAAGAUUCAGCCUUUUCAAUCCGUCACCUACCAGCAACAGGCGCAAUUUGAGCUCCUUCGAGCAAUGGCAAAUCACAAACCAGUAUUGCCUCUCACACGGAAAGGUUAUAGAGCCGUCGCAACCGUUCAGUUAGCGCACAAAAAGACCCCAGACGAACGACAAUCUGCCGUUCUAAAGGCACCGUCAUGGCCACCUUGGAAGGAGGCAAGGCUGGGCAUAGACAAACUUCGAGGCAACGAGGGCAUGUACAGUCGCACUAUGAAUGUUUUGGCGCAGAUGCGAGAAGCGGGCUACUCCCGCAAGCUUUGGGAAGAUGUCUGCUCAAUUUUGGCAGGUUGGGAUACCGAUCAAAGUCCAACGAUCCAGACGCGGAGUUUCAUGCCCUGGUCUAAGUCCCUGGGGCGGGCAUCUCAUACAAAUCCUGACCAUCCGGCUAUCUGGACCGCCCGUAUCCGUGCCACAAGGACGGUUCGCGAAGCAUGGGCCUGCUUCCUAUCAUACCAAGAUCGCAAUCUACCGUUGAAUAAGGGUGUUUAUACUGCAAUGGCCGAAAAGCUUAUCAAUCGGCAAUCAGCGAUUCAGAGAAGAUUCGAUGAGUCUGAUCACGCAUUGCCAGGCGAUGGGCGUGAAGUCUACGCUGAGCCUGCAUCUGCACGAGAUUUGAUAUACGUUCACACUGAGCCACCUGCCCUUCAAGAUUUCCUUGAGCAAAUGAUUGGCCAAGGCAUCAGCAUCCCCAGUCAUCUGCUGGCUCUGCUACUUCAGACAACCCCAGACUUUCGUGCUGGCUUGCAAUACUUGAGUGCAAGCGAUCUUCCUAAGGAGCAAGUGGAAGUUCUCACCACGAUAUUAGGUCACCCUUCCAACUAUGAGGAGGCCAAGGCACCCCUACGAGCAAUAUCUGACGAUGUUUUUGGCGCCUUUGUUGGAUUUCUCUGCAGAUCUUCAAGCUCUGUGAUAUGCGCUGGGCCUAAGUCUGUAGACCCUGCGCGGCUGCCUAUACUUGCCGUGUGCAGCCAGUGGCACCUUCCACGAAGCAAAUUGACUGAUUUCGAGAUCCGUUCACGCCAAAAAUGUCACCCAGCAGCUCUGUGGCAUGCUGUUCAAUUGGCCAAAGCGCGCCUAGUGCCGUGCACUGUUUGUUGGACUCACAUUCUAGGCGCACUCCACAAGGCCGGUGACAGAUAUGUGAAGGAACAUCGAGCAUGGAGACGCAUUUUGGCCUGGCACGAAGCUCUUCUUGCACUAAAGUGGAUGAAAGAACGCGAUACUGGCUUAAGCCUGGAUGGAUUUUAUGCCUUAUGCAAAGUCUUCAAUGGGGCUGUCUACGCGGGUUUGAAGCAUCCGGACGAGGCCGGACAGGCCUUUACGAUCAUCCAGACAAUCAGUCAUAGCGAUGGGUAUUAUGACACCACUGGGCACGAUCAAUUUGACGCAAUGAUUGAGAAUGGGCUGCUUGUUUUGAAGUCGGAAUUCGAUUCCCUUGUACUUCCGUUCUCCGCGACAUCGAAGCUUGCAGAGCAAAGCAUCUUCGCCGAGAUGGACGCUGCAGACUCACAACUACGAGUGCCAACAAUUCUACACAUACCAUCUUUCGCCGUCUUGCACCGUUUUGUGCGCGUGCUAGGGGCAGUCGGUGACGACGAAGGCGUAUUGCAUCUGUUGCAAUGGAUGAGUCGGUCCGCGAGUUCAUUAAACGCCGCUGCUGAUGAGCGUUUGAACGGUGACCGAAUGCGACGGUUGACUCUGACUGCGAUCCGUCUCAUCUUGCAGGGCAUGAAUACUGACCAUCUUAAGAUCGGUCAUGCAUCGUCAAAUACUGUCAAAGUGCAAGAAGCGCACGACAUCAUCAGGCAGACUGCUGGCUGGGACUGGCCGAGUGACGAAGAAGUUGAAGAUUAUUAUCAGCGAUACAAGUCUGAGCACCAGAUGUAA